CAUCCGAUGACGAGUAACUGUCAGAUUGAGAGUCGUAUAUUAGAAUGAUGUUUGGUAUAGACAAUGUUGCCAUCUAGGGUAUUUUUUUUUGGUCUCCGAUAACAUACGACUUAUUAUACAUAGCCGCUUAGUGUUUCUUCCUGGGCAGAGAUGACAGCGCUCCAACAUGUUAGAAGAAAGAUGUUGCACUUUUAGUUGUUCGUUGUUUUUAAACAUAUCUCAGUGACUGUUACCACCUUGCGUUUUUUUUAGUAACUAUACUAGUUGUCAUCGUUGUGGCGUAUAAAGUCGUUUUAUGUGUAUUAUGUUUGAAAUAAUGCACUAUUUCGCCGGUGUUUUUUUUUUUUUUUUUUUUUUUCCCCACCCUCCACGCCAUGUUGAUUCCCGGAACGUCUCUGUUUUAGUGAUGAAUGGCUUCCGGGUUACUGCUGCUGUUGCCCGCCAAACUUUGACGUCCGCCCGCCGCUUUCUUGCUUCUUACCCCAACCGGCAGGCGCUGCGUUUGAAUUUUACCUUAUUUAUUAAUAACGGGGAAAAAAUGUCUUCAACCCCGAAGAGGCCGCGCUCCGACCUAGUGAACGACUCCAUGGAAAAGAGGAUCAAGCGUAUUUCCAUCGAAGGCAACAUCGCGGCCGGAAAGUCGACCUUCGUCCGCCUUCUGGAGCAGGAGUGCGCCGACUGGGAGGUGGUACCCGAGCCCAUCGCCAGGUGGUGCAACGUCCAAACAAGCGGCAGCGAUUUCGAGGAGCUGACGGCGUCGCAGCGCAGCGGCGGCAACGUGCUAAAGAUGAUGUACGACAAGCCGGAGCGCUGGGCGUACACCUUCCAGAACUACGCCUGCGUCAGCCGCGUGCGGGCCCAGAUGCGCUCGGCCAACGGGAAGCUGCGAGACGCCGAGAACCCCGUGCAGUUCUUCGAGCGCUCCAUCUACAGCGACAGGUACAUCUUCGCCGCCAACCUCUACGAGAACGAGUGCCUGAACGAAACGGAGUGGGCCAUCUACCAGGACUGGCACAGCUGGCUCCACAGCGAGUUCGGCCCGCACAUCGAGCUGGACGGGAUUGUCUACUUGAGAGUCCCCCCGGAGAAGUGCAUGGAGAGGCUGCGCCUGCGGGGCCGAGACGAAGAGCAGGAAAUCCCUCUGGAGUACCUGGAGAAGCUCCACGGCAAGCACGAGAGCUGGCUGCGGCACAGGACCAUGAGGAUGGACUUCGAGUACCUGGCCGACGUCCCGGUGCUGACGCUGGACGCCACGGAAGAGUUCAAAGGCGACAAGAGCAAGAGUGCCGACAUGAUGGAGAAGGUGAAAGAGUUCCUGACCACCAUAUGAGGAGCCACAGAAGGGGACAAAGGCACGAUUCAUUUUUUAAGUCUUUUUUUUUUUUUUUUUUUAACAAUGUAAUGCCCCAGCACUGAUAUUUUUGAACCACUUUUGUGUAUUUAUAACGUGUGUGUGUGUGUGUGUGUCUGCAUGUGGCUUAACCACAGAAAUAAACUUCUAUUAACAGAAAUAUUACGUCGUUUUAGGUCAAUACGAUAUUUUACAGAUUUUAGUAUACAUUCUGAGUGGGAAAAAAAAAUAUUUUGCAGCACCUCCAAAAACUGUCAUUAAGAACAAAGUCCAGAAGAUGGCGCUAGUCCUCCUGAUGGACUUAGUGUAGGGUUAGGUCAAAGCUAUAAUUUAAUAGACAAAAUAUUUUUUUUUUAAAGAAUUAAUUGUAUUUUUGUAUUGUAAAUUUGCAUAUUUGACUGUAAAUUUCCCUUUUUUUUACAAGAUUAACAAAAUGAAAAGUAAACACUCAGAAAAAUGCUUCUGCUUCCUUGGAAUUAACGUUUAAAUGCCUUAAACAGUUCAUAGUUGUAUAAUAAAUAAUUGAAAUGGAAAAACCCCAGUGAAGCCAUUAAAAUCACUACAUUAUGUUUUUACAUGAAGUUAAAUAUAUUUAAAAAAAACUUGAAAAUGGAUGGAUAAAAUAUACACUGGAUAUUCCUUUUUCACGACAUAAUCCAAUAAAAAUUUUUACCUUGACUAUGUAAAAGCGUUUAUUUUUUUUUCCAUUUAAAAGGGCAAUUCAGUCAUGUUUGCUGAGAUGAGCAAAAUUUUUCAUAAAUGUCAAAACAAUUGACAUAAAACGAAGUCCUAGUGACGGGUGAAUGUGUUCUCAAAUUAUAAUGUA